AUGGUCGAAAUCUCCGAAUAUCACAAGUACGACUACCACGGCCACGUGCCUAACAAAGGAAAGCUCAUGAUCUCACAUCAAGUCCCGACGGGAAAUCUUGACGCACCAUUUUUUGGAAUCACAGAUAAUGGCAUCAAAAGGGAAGGACUUUAUCGUCUCCAAGACGAAGGGGCGCCGACAGGAGACAUGGCUGCACGUAAUGUGUUGCAAUCACUAAACGCAGAUGAGAAGGGCAAUGCCUUACGCGAUCUGAAUUCGGAAGACUGGAGAAAGGGGUCCAAUCCAGAAAUUAUCCUGUUCAGAUGUGGUGUGCGCCUAGAGCAUCUAGAUAAAGGAAAGGUCGAGCUCAUUUUAGAGCUGCUGAAGAAAUCAUUGAGCGAAGCGGGCUUCAGCAAGGUCACAGCGGCUAUGAAGACGAACAAGUUCCUUGGAGAAAUCUGUGGCAAAGAAGCGAUUUUGAACGAAAAUAGUUAUUGGUUUACACUAUUUGGCAAGCCGUCUGAAACUGAGUCUUGGGGUUACAUGUUCUUCGGGCACCACCUCGGCUUGAAUGUAUUCGUCAAUCGGCAGCAGAUGGUCAUUGGACCAAUAAUCGACACUGGCCCUGACAAAGGCAUAGAGCUUUGUGAGAAAGAGGGCCAGUUAGGAUUGUAUCUCAUGCAAUCUCUGUCUCCUGAAUUGCAACAAAAGGCACAAAUCUAUUCCCAUAUGCAUGAUCAAGCUAUGCCCGAGGGUCGCUGGAACCCAGCAGAUGAAAGACACAUGGCUGGAGCUUUCCAGGACAACCGAGUGAUUGCAUACGAAGGUAUCCUCGCCACGGACAUGACGGCGGAGCAGCAGACGGUGCUCAUUUCCAUCAUCUCUGCGUUUCUGGCGCUCUUGCCCCCCAAACCGCUCCAGUUCCGACUAAACCAAAUCGUCGGAUUCUUUUCAGAGACCUAUUUUUCAUGGAUUGGUGGCUUUGGCCCAGCCGACGCAUUCUACUACCGCAUUCAGAGCCCAGUGGCGCUCUUUGAGUUUGACCACCACUCUGGUGUGUUUCUUACAAAUGAUGAGCCUGCAAAGUAUCACAUCCACACAAUACAGAGAUUACCCAAUGGCAAUGAUUACGGAAGAGAACUUAGAAAGCUUGCCUUGGUCCGGGAGACCAACUAG